GACGAUCACGGCGUGAACACCGGCUCAGCCGACCGACACGUGGGCUUCUCGGGCUUCGAGGAGGACGGCGAAGAGGCCGUCGAGGGGGUGGAGGACGAGGACGAGGAGCGCCAGGAGUGGCACAACAAACUCCACCGCAGAGACACUCCUCAUCACCUGAAGAACAAACGGAUCCACGCGUCGCGCGACGAGCAGCAGAGGGUGGCCUCCAUUCUGGCCGAAGCCAUGAAACAGAGGGAACACAAUCCGCUGCGACAGCAGACGUCGCGCGGCGCCGACAGCGUGACGAGCGGUGGCGCCGGCGAUGGGGACAACCAGUCGCUGCGGUCGUCGGUGUCGAACGCAGCGCCGUCCGUCUCGCAGACGUCGACGAACAGCGCGGCCGCGACUGAGUUUGUGCGGAUGCAGGUGCGGGUCCGGCGGACGGGCGGCGGACUCGGGCUGAGCAUCGCCGGAGGGCUGGGCUCCUCGCCCUAUAAGGGCGACGACGAGGGGAUAUUCGUGUCGCGAAUUACCGAAGAGGGACCGGCAGAGGGGGCCGGCCUCCGGGUGGGCGACAAGAUAUUGUCGGUGAACGCCGUCGACUUCACCGAAAUAGAUCACUACAAGGCUGUCGACGCCCUGAAGACGGCCGGCAUGGACUUCGUGGUGGUGCUCGUGAGGGAAGUAGCCGUCGGUCAGCCAAACUCGACGCCAGUGGUCGCCGAACGCCGUUCGUCGCCCAAGAAGUCGCCUCAAUCGGCCGCCCAUCACAACGGCGACAUCGGUUCGCUGCCGCCGACGCCCGGCGUUCACCGGCAGACCUCCAUCGGCGCCGCCUCUCAACCGCAAACGCCGGACUACGACCUGAACCGACAGAUCAUUUACACGACACUCAUCCGCAAAGAAGGCAGCCUUGGCUUCAGUAUCGCCGGCGGUAUCGGCGGUACGCCCUAUAAGGAGGGCUCGGAGGGCGUGCACGUGUCGAACAUCGUGGAGGGCGGCGCCGCCCAUCGCGAUGGCAAGCUUUCGGUCGGCGAUCGCGUCCUGUCCAUCAACGGCGCCGACGUCGAGCAUCUGACCCACGAGCAGGUGGUGGCAAUGCUGACGGGCGUCGACCGGUUCGUGCGACUGGUUGUAGAACACGAGGGCUCCGACACGUCGCCCAAGAUGUACGGCAUGGGCCGGCCCUACACCGGACUCUACGCCUCGUCCUACAUGGCUAACCGGCCCUCCUAUACGGGUUCCUACCGGCGCCCGACCCUGGGAUCGGUGAGCAGUCUCGUGGGCGACGGCACGGACGCCAAGUCGGCGCCCGUGACGCCCACCACUGCUCACUCGCCCGGCGCUCGACCCCAGCACUCGAUUUACACGAAACUGCCGGGCCUUCGGAACAACGACGCG